AUGGUACUCGUCUUGGAUCCAACCCUGGGUGCAGUACGCCACUCGGGCUAUUGUCUCUUGAUCCGCAGAUCGUUGACAUUUCCUACUCUCCAUAGCUAUAUUCCCAUCAAAGUCGAUUACACGGACCUCUUCGACGUCAUGGCCUUCUUCGCCGGCGAUCUCCGCGGCGAGAACGCCCACGACGACUUGGCCCAAAUCAUCGCUCGUCAGGGACAAGAGUUUGCGCAAACGCAUAGGCGAUACGCCGAUAUGGAGGCUUACGUGUUCAGGUUGGCGUUGGAGUGGGCGAGAUGCAGCGGUGAGUGAGAAGGUGUUAUGUUCUUUUUGACCUCGUGAAGCUAAACUGUGCCCUUUCCGGUCGUUUAGCAUCGGACCGGGCAUCGAUGGACUACUUUGGACCAGGGACUUGA